AUGAGUCAGGCUGGUGAAGAAAGUUCCAGUUCCAGUGACACAGAGUUGGAAAUCAAGAAGGAGCAACAACCUAUCUGUGCUCUAGCUCCAACAGUUUAUAGCCGAGAUGAGGGAUCCACUGAUGUAACAGCAAGUCCUGCAUUUCAGUGUUUAGAUGAGCUAUUUUCUGCUGGAAAAAUCACAGGCAUCACAGUAGCUGAGCUGAAGGGAAAGUACACCCUGCUGCAUAAGACUGUGAUAAGUUUACAGGAAUCUGAGAUCCAGCUGUUGCAGGAAGCCAAACGUCUUAGUGUAGAACUGGAACAGCAACAGCAUGAACUGGAAAAAGCAGAACAGUUCCCUGAAGAAUCCUCCAGUGAAGUUUCCCGAAUAAGGCAACAACUGCUUAGUUGCCAAAACGAAUACAAUGCUAUUAAAGAAAGAGAGUAUGAAAUCCAGUCCAAGGUGGAAUGUUUGGAAGAAGAAAGAAGACUUCUGCAAAAUGAAUAUGAAAGAAUUCCAAACCAAAAGGCAAAGAAGAAAAUUAAAGAGUUGAAAGAAAAUUAUGAUGAGCUCUGCAAAGAAGUAAUCCAAAGGAAAGCAGAAAUUAAUGCAAUAAAGGAAGAUGUUUCAUCCAAGCAAAAGCUGAUGCUAAUCGAUAAGAAAGAAACAGAAAAGCUUCUGGAGAAGCAGGCUAACUUAAAAGCUGAGCUAGUUAAGAUCCUUGGUGUUCCAGUACAACUUGGAAAAGAAACUGAGAAGAUGAAUCAGAAAAAAAUUGAUUCAGAAAAGGAGAAAGAAGAGCUUAAUAUCCAAAUAGAAGACUUGAGCGAUACCCUGAAAGCCAUUAAAAAAAGGACUGAAGAGAUUAUGCAAGAAAGAGAAGAUAUAAUGAAAGAAUUGGAUGAGAAACAAAUUUUGGUAGAAAGCAAAGAACGAGAAUGCCUUACUUCGACAAAAUUACUAGAAAUUAGUAGAGAGAAGGAAUCAGCGGUCUUAUUAGACAGAGAAGCUCUGGAAAAUAAUUUAAAUAAAUGUGUUUUGGAGAAAAAAAAGCAACAGGAUAUUCUCAUUCACAAGCAAAACCAGAAAGAAAAAGAACUGAGAAAUUUAAAAAAGCUGGAGUUAAAACUGAAUAUGAUUUAUGAUUCCCUGGAACAAGAUAAGUCACAGCAUAAAAGACUCAAGACGGAGGCAGAAGCUAUUCCUAGAAGUAAUGCAGCAUUGUUAGAAAGACGGCGAGAACUGCAGAAGGAAAUUGAAAUGGCCAAGAGAAGUUUAGCUAAACAGGAAAUGAUGUCAGAUACAGAUGCCCACAUGUUAGAAGAAUGUAUUGCUGAAGAAAGACGGCUUUUCGAAGAGCAGGAAAAAUGCAGAGAUGAGUUAUCCAGACUUGCGCGUCUGACCCGGAUCAAAAUUGAAGAACGUGAGCAGAAAUCUAGGGAUGUUCAGAAAGCCCAGAUACAACUCCAAAAUACCAUUAAAGAAAUAAAAAGAAAGGACCUUGAAAUAACAGACCGUAAAAAGAGGAGAAAAGCAAUCAAAAAAGAACUCCGAGGAUUUACUAAAAUUUUUGAAGUUAUCCAAAAUGAAAAGAAUAAAUGUGUACGUUUGGUGCAUGCUGCUCAGCAGAAAGCAAGUGAAAUUAAAAACCGGGUAAAAUUGCUAGGAAAUGAACUAAAAAAUUUAAGGAAUACUGUUGUAACCAUGGAGAGAAAAUUGCUGAAACAACUUGUCAAGAAUACAAAUGAUGUAGCAGUUAUGGACAGUCUCAAGAGUGAUUACCGCAAAAUUGUACAAAUCAUGCAUGAGAUGAAUGAGCAGAAGAAGCAACGGUGUGUGGAGCUUGAGAGACUUACCAGUAGGGUCACCCACAUCGAAGAGGAAAUGGUGCAGCUACGCAAAAUAUAUGAAAAAGCUAUUCAGCAACACAAUGAGAGCGGUCUUCUGCUCAGAGAUCGAGAAGAAGAAAUAUGUAUUUUAUGUGAAAAAAUAAACAUGCAAGAGAUGUUGCUUAGAAGUGGAGAUAUUGAAAUGCAAGCUAUGGAUGAAAAGAUUAGACUUCUGAAGUUGAAGGUAGCUGAGAGAAAGAGACAAAUUAAACUAUGCUUCAGAGCGCUCCCAGUGAAGAAUGCCCUGGAUGCACAUCUGGUGGAGCUUCAGAUACAGUAUUCCCAGUGCAAGGACAGGAUCAAACAGAUGGAGAAAAUCUUUGCUGACCCUGCAAAUGAAAGUAGAAAGCGAGAGUUGGGAGGGAAGAACCCGUCUCCACCCGAGCUGCUAAAAAAGAUUGAGCAGCUGGAGGUAGAGCUGGUGCAGAAAGAGGAGAAGUUGCUGGAGACAGAUUUUCUCUACAAGCAUGUUUCCCAGCUUACAGACCGAAUCUGUGCUGCAGCGGAGAAGGGGAAGCAGGACAUGCUGCUGUUAGCAAAAAGGACAAGCAAACUGCAGAAGAUGGUGAAGGACAGAACCCAGAAGAUGAUGGCUCUCGUUGCAGAGUUAUCCAUGCAGCAAGCACUUGCCAUUAAACUCCAGCAGGAAAUGAGAGACAAAGAACAAUUUUUGAUGACCAUUUCAUCGAGGGUAGAUCAAGGUCUUCCCCCUCCCAAAGAAAUAGAAAAUCAGUGGUUGAAGACAUUACGCAACGAGAAAAUGCAAAAAGAAGCAGCUGAAGCCAGAGCUAAACAUGCUGCAGAAGAGGAACAAGCUGCAGCACCCGGCUGCAUCCACACGACAGGUGACCGACGCCCGAGCGUCUACAUCCCUGACGACGAGUGCAGCCUCCCGCUGCCGCGGCCGUACGGCGCCCUGGCUCCUUUCAAACCAAGUGAACCUGGUUCAAACAUGAGACAUUUCAGAAAACCGAUCGUAAAGCCAAUUGAAGUCUGA